AUGAUCUUCCUGAAGACCCCUGGCAUCACUCUCAGUCCCGACAAUACGAUACAGCUUCAGAUCAUCAGCGUACAUAAGGCAAUGAAAUUGCGGAAGAAUGACCCAAUGAAACUUCUAUGUCAGCUGUGUUUGUCAUUGCUUGGAUUGUACGUUGUAUUUCUUGUUAAUGUUGGAACCGAGGGAGAUAAAAACAGUCGGGCAUGUUUUGCUGUUGGAGCAAUUUUGCAUUACUUUUUGCUUUCCUCAAUCUUUUGGAUGAGUGCUCAGGCUUUUAAUAUGUACUACUUGUUUGUGAAAAUAUUUGAUCCUCAUGUAUCACACUUGCUUCUAAAAGCCUGCUUGUUUGCAUGGGGUUUCCCAGCAGUAAUUGUCUUAGUUUCUGCGCUGAUUGAUGUUCAUAGCUAUAUCGAUGAGACUAAUUGUUUUCUGACCCACCAAAGAAUGUACUACGGGGUAGCAAUUCCUGUCGCACUGUCUUUAAUUUUCAACAUGGUGAUUUUCAUAAUGGUCUUCCAUAGUCUUAGCAAAAUUCGAACAAAUACAAAUGAAGUUCACAUAAAGAAAAGGAAGAACAAAGGGAUGCAAAUGUUACAAAACGGAGUGAGCAUAACAACGGUUUUAGGGUUAACCUGGCUUGUUGGUUUCUUCGCCAUUGGAGAUGCUUCAGAAAUUAUGUUGUUACUAUUUUGUAUUCUAAAUUCUUUUCAAGGUUUUAUCAUAUUCAUAAUGUACUGUGUCAGAAACAAGGAAGUGCGCACUCACUGGUGGACAAUUUUACGCGAUCUUCCGGUAAAUGCUAAACGCUUGCGAUCAUUCAUGACCGGUGAACAACACACAGGGAUCAGUUCCAGUUUACAUAAAAACCAAGCACUAUUUAGGCCUAACUCAGAUUCGUAUACUAACCAAUUUAGAAAUAAUAUCAGUAAUUCUAGUCAGGUUAUGCUUGGAAAACGUUCAUUUACGUCAGAAGACAUCACGAUAAGGUAUUAAUGUAAUGUGAUUAUAUUGGUAAGACAGACAGAUGCUUAAUAACUAGACUUAAAAAAACAUUCCAAUAUGUUUAAGGUUUACAAGGUAUACUUGAAAAUGAUAAUGUA